UCCUCAUCUCAGAUGGCAAGUAUACCCUGAACACUAGAGAUGUGGCACAUUUUGCUUCUCCAUUUGACGUUUUUCUGUUUGAGUGGAAGUGGUCAAAAUGCGCAAGCUCAUGUCGACUUGCUCCCUGAGCAAUUGGAGCAGCAAAAGGUACAAUUUAGACAGUCACAACUUCAUUCUGAACUUCAGCAAAUCCAGCAUGCCAGUCAGGUGUCAUCGGGGGAUGCAUUGCUUAGACUGCAACAGCAAUCGUCUGACAUCCAAUCAGAGAUCGAACGAUUGCAACAAGAAAUGCUCCGGCUGCAAAGAGAUCUCCAAAGGAGAUUAAAUGGUGAAAUAUUUCAAUUUCAGCCCGUCUUCGUAGAACCACUUCAAAACAUUCAAAAUGAAUCUGAAAAUCCUAAAAAAGUCGAAGAAGACGAAGGAGCUAGAGUUCAGGUUGCUAAUCGUGAGCUAGUUUGUCAAACUGCAACAGGAGUCAGCGGGCUAUGCCGGCCCCUGGUCAACUGUUUGGCAUUUUAUACAGACUUGCCUGAAUUAAGGAAGCAGCCUUGCUCUCUAGGAAAGGAAGAACUUGGAGUAUGCUGUCCUGCUAAGAAUCGACCAGCACCCUUGGGACCGAAAAGUUCCGGCGUACUUCAUUCCCCGCCCCCGCCGAACGUGCCUAUACCUCCAUUGACCCCAAGACAAUUGAACGAUGCCGGUCAAGUAGCGUUACAGGCAGUGAAAGAAAGGCUUUCUUUCCUCCACGAACUUUUCACUAAAAGAAUAAUAGUUCGACCUGGGUCGGCGGCGGCAUCUCAUCAAGAAUUUUUUCCAACCACAAAUCAGACGCUCGCUAUUGGAGACGAAGCCCAGAAAAGUAUAGAAGCGAGUACAGCAUUAGUGAAUGAAUUCCACCUCUCACCCGACCAAGGGACUUUUGCCCUUCCGUCCUUCAGUUUAUUGUCAACAGUACUGGCGGAUACUUGUCCGAGAUUUUCUAACUGUAUUGCGACAAAAUACAGAACAAUGGAUGGAACGUGUAACAAUCUUGCCCGUCCAGAUUGGGGCAUGGCAGGCACCGCUUUGCAAAGAAUAUUGCCUCCGAAAUACGCAGACGGAGUCAAUCUACCUAGAACGCUCGGAUCUGACGGAGUGCUUCUCCCUAGUGCCAGAUUGUUGAGCACUAGAUUCGCUCAGGAUGCAGAUCGAUCGUCGGACAAUUACACAAUGAUGGUGAUGCAGUGGGGGCAAUUUCUCGAUCACGACUUGGCGCACACGCCUAUCAGCCGAGGAGAAGGUGGAUCGGGAAUAUCAUGUUGCAGAGAUGGGAAAUUGAUCCCUGAACAAUUUAGACACCCUGAUUGCUUUCCAAUAGAACUUCCACGUAGGGAUCACAUUUUUGCCCCAUUUGGAGACAGGUGUAUGGAAUUUUCGAGAUCUCUUCCAGCACCGCGGCCAGAAUGUAAUUUCGGCCCAAGAGAGCAGAUGAAUCAGAUCACCGGAUACUUAGAUGGAUCGAACAUAUACGGUUCCAAUGAUAAUACAGCGAGGAGCUUAAGAACUUUUAGAGGAGGACAACUCAGGAUUCAGAAUAUCCGAGGCCGUACGCUUUUACCUGAUAAUCCUGGGGAGUGUACGGACCAAUCUAACACUGUAGCUUGUUUCCGGGCUGGCGAUGGCCGGGUUAACGAACAAGUGGACCUUGCUUUAGUCCAUACUGUAUGGUUGAGAGAACAUAAUAGGAUAGCAAACAUUUUAUCGCAAGUAAAUCCUCAAUGGAGCGAUGAAGCUCUUUAUCAAGAGGCGAGAAGAAUUGUUAUAGCAGAAAUUCAACAUAUUACUUACAACGAGUUUCUUCCAAUUAUUCUAGGGCGAGAUUAUAUGGAUCGCAGUUCACUUUCGCCCAAAGACCGCGGAUGGGCCAAUCUUUACGAUCCUAACUUAAACGGAGGGAUCACUAAUGUUUUUGCUACGGCAGCUUUUCGAUAUGGCCAUAGCCAAAUACAAAGUUUUUUGCACGGUUACAGCCGUUUUGGCAAUCUAAGGGCCAACAUCGAAUUGAGUAAACAGCAUUUUGCCCCUUUCAUGUUGUACCGUGAAGGAGUAAUGGACGACUUGCUCCGAGGACUUUCAGCCCAAGCUAGUCAGAAUGUUGACAGGUUUUUCUCAAACCAGUUAACUGAUCAUCUAUUUCAAGGAGAUUUAGACAUUGGACUCGACCUCGUUGCUCUAAACAUCCAAAGAGGAAGAGACCACGGUUUACCGCCUUAUAACGACUGGCGAGAAGUAUGUGGUCUUCCCAGGGCAAGAACGUGGGCGGAUCUUGCCAGAGAUAUGGAUCCUCAGACCGUGAGAAUUUUAAGUAAUCUGUACACCAAUGUGAAUGAGAUCGAUCUCUUCAUCGGUGCUGUCGCCGAACACCACAAGGAAGGCGCUAUUCUCGGGCCGACAUUAGUUUGCUUGGUAGGAGACCAGUUUGCAAGGCUGAGAAGAGCCGAUAGAUUUUUUUACGAAGAAGGCAACCAACCGUCUUCAUUUUCUGCAAAGCAACUUUCCGAGAUAAAGAAAACGAGCUUAGCACGCAUUAUCUGCGAUAAUUCAGAUAAUAUUGCGUUAAUGCAACCGUUGGUUUUCAUCCAACCUUCCUUCUUAAAUCAACGCGUAGGAUGCCAAAGUCCUUCGAUUCCAGUCGUCGAUCUCAGAGCGUGGAGAGAUGAACGACCAGCAGUCAAUUAGAACAGUCCAUACUGACCCCGAUUGAAACUUUUUUUUUAUAUUAAUUUUUAGGCGCCUAAACUGUACAAUAUAUUUAAUGAUUCACUCUAGGCCUGAUAUUUUAAAUGCGAAGUGGACAUAGUGUCAACCUUGUAAUAUUCGUGUUACUUGAAAUAAAAAUUUAACCAACAAUAAAGA